UCAGUCAAACCUGGUGGUCAAAGUCUUAUCGCUGCCGGCGCAUGGUGUCCAGGCAAGAAUGAGCUCGCGACGAUACGGAGUAACAUCAUGCGAUCCCCUCGCCGCCUCCGGAAUAUCAUAUCCAAUCCGGACUUUGUGCAGCAUUUUGGGCCGCCUGAGCGGCAUCCUGACGGAAACCAUCAGAAUAUCUUCGGGAUGGACGACGAGCUCAAGACGGCGCCAAAGGGCUUCGAGAAGACACACCCGGACAUUGAUUUGCUGAAAUGCCGGUCGUUCUGUGUGAUACACCGAUUCUUGGACAGUGAGGUUUUGUCGCCGGAUUUCAAGGAAUCGCUAUGUAAAGUGUUGAAGGUGAUGCAGCCGUUCGUACACUGCUUGAAUGACAUGAUGACUAUCCAAGACAACGUUCCCGACAACGACGGGGGCGAAGAGGAGAAUGAGUAA